UUCGCUUUCGCUUUCGCUUUGCCUCCCGCCAUCGCGACGGGCGGCAGCGGCGGCGCCGGGGGCCGGCGGCCGCGGCAGGCGGUCUGGGGGCUGCCGGGGCUGCGGCGCGGCGCGGUGCGGUGCGGUGCGGUGCCGCGCCACGCGCCCCAGGGCUGUGCCCAGCGGGGGAAUUCCCGCCGUUCCUUCCCGGCUCCCUCAGGCGGCGGGUGUAAAAUGGCGCCGCGGCGGCGGGCCGGGCCGCCCCCAUGGCCGUCGCUGGCCGUGGCGGCGGGGCUGGUGGGGCUGCUGAGCGCGGCUCUGGCUCUCGGCGGUGACAGCACGCCCUUCCCCUGGCAGGGGGUGAGACUCCCCAAGGAUGUUGUCCCACUGCGUUACCACCUCGUCAUCCAUCCCAACCUCACCACCCUGACCUUCGCCGGCAGCGCCGCCAUCGAGGUUACAGUCACCUGGCAGACCAGCGCGGUAGUCCUGCACAGCAAGCACCUGAGGAUCGCCAGGGCCACCGUCGAGGCUGGCCACGGCCGCCCGGCGCAGGAGGCGCGGGUGGUGGAGCAGCAGGCCCUGGAGCAGGUGGCACUCCUCACCGCUGAGCCCCUGCGGGCUGGGCACAACUACACCCUCCGCAUCCAGUACCGGGCAAAUCUCUCCGAGUCCUUCCAUGGCUUUUAUAAAAGCACCUACAGGACCCGGGAAGGAGAACUCAGAGUGCUUGCAGCAACACAGUUUGAGCCGACAGCUGCGCGAAUGGCCUUCCCAUGUUUUGAUGAACCAGCCUUCAAAGCCAGGUUCUCAAUUAAGAUCAGGAGGGAACCAAAGCACCUUGCGCUGUCCAAUAUGCCAAUUGUGAAGUCUGUGAAUCUAACUCCCUGGCUUGUUGAGGACCAUUUUGAUACCACUGUCAAGAUGAGUACGUACCUCGUGGCCUUUAUCGUUUCGGACUUUAAAUCCGUCAGCAAAAUAACCAGUCGCGGAGUUAAGAUUUCUGUGUAUACGGUGCCAGACAAGAUCAAGCAAGCUGAUUACGCGUUGGAUGCUGCGGUGAAACUUUUAGACUUCUAUGAGGAUUACUUCAGCAUUCCAUAUCCUUUACCGAAACAAGAUUUAGCAGCUCUUCCUGAUUUUCAGUCUGGUGCUAUGGAAAACUGGGGAUUGACCACAUACCGGGAAUCCGCAUUGUUGUAUGACCCUGAAAAGUCCUCGGCGUCUUCUAAACUUCAGAUUACUAUGAUAAUAGCCCAUGAGCUGGCUCAUCAGUGGUUUGGCAACCUUGUUACCAUGGAGUGGUGGAAUGACCUGUGGUUAAAUGAAGGGUUUGCGAAGUUUAUGGAGUUCGUCUCAGUCAGCGUUACCCAUCCAGAACUGAGAGUUGAAGACUAUUUCUUACGGAGAUGUUUUGAUGCCAUGGCAGUGGAUGCCUUAAAUUCCUCACACGCUAUAUCUACUUCUGUGGAAGAUCCAGCUCAAAUUUUAGAAAUGUUUGAUAGCGUUUCCUAUGAGAAGGGAUCUUGCGUAUUAAAUAUGCUGAGGGACUACCUGACUGCUGAUGUGUUUAAAGCUGGACUUGUCCAGUACCUGCAGAAAUACAGCUAUCAGAAUACAAAAAAUGAAGAUUUGUGGAACAGCAUGACAAAUAUUUGCCCUACAAUAGGUAACGAUAAAAAUGGACUACCAGGUGAUGGUUUUUGCAGAAGCAGCCAACAGUCAUCUUCAAGUGCACACUGGACUAACAGAGAACCUCCUGACGUGAGGGCAAUGAUGGACACCUGGACGCUGCAAAAAGGCUUUCCCCUGGUAACUGUCACAGUGAGAGGGAAGAACGUCCACCUGCAGCAGGAGCGCUACGUGAAGGGAGUAGACGCUGCCUUGUCCACAGGGUACUCGUGGCACGUUCCUCUAACCUACAUUACCAGUAAAUCUGACACGGUGGAGAGAUUUUUGAUGACAACUAAAGCAGAUGUCAUUAUCCUCCCGGAAGAGGUGGAGUGGGUUAAAUUCAACGUGGACAUGAAUGGGUAUUACAUUGUGCACUACGAAGAUGACGGAUGGGAUCGCCUGAUUAACCUUUUGAAAGAGAACCACACAGCAAUUAGCAGCAACGACAGAGCCAGUCUGGUUAACAACGUAUUCCAGCUCGUGAGCGUAAACAAAUUGUCGAUUUCCAAAGCUUUUGAUUUGAGUUUGUACCUGAAACACGAAAGACAAAUCAUGCCUGUACUCCAGGGUAUGAGCGAGCUGAUUCCUAUAUACAGGCUUGUGGAGAGGAGGGAUACGGAUGGUACAGAGAAACAGUUAAAGGAGUAUAUAGUCAAUCUGUUUAAAGACCUGAUUGACGAGCAGUCUUGGAGCGAUGAAGGCUCAGUGUCUGAGAGAUUUCUUAGGCGCUCGCUGCUGCUGUUCGCCUGCGUGCACAGGUACCAGCCGUGCGUGGACAAAGCCAAAGGAUAUUUUACAGAAUGGCAGAAAUCCAACGGGACCUUGAGCUUGCCAGCAGAUGUGAAGGCAGCAGUGUAUGCUGUCGGAGCGCAAACAUCCGAAGGCUGGGAUUUCCUGCUCAGUAAAUACAGACUGCACUCCUUCAGCGUGGAGAGAGACGACAUCGAAUGGGCGCUCAGCCUCAGCAGAAGUAAGGACAAGCUUCAGUGGUUAAUGGAUCAAGGUCUGCGUGGUGACAUCGUAAGAACUCAGGAUCUUCCACAUAUUAUUGUAUUUGUUUCCAAAAACCCAUCCGGCUAUCAUCUGGCUUGGACGUUUUUGAAAGCAAAUUGGGAGAAAUUCGUAGAAAAAUUUGAACUCGGUUCGAAUUCCAUAGCCACCAUCGUCACUGGAGUGACAAGUCGGUACUCUACAAGGUCACAGCUUGCACAGGUGAAAGAAUUCUUCAGUUCUCUGGAUGAAAAAAGCGCACGGCUUCGCUGUGUCCAGCAAGCUAUCGAAACCAUUGAAGACAACAUACAAUGGAUGGAUAGAAAUUUGGAGAAAGUCAAGACAUGGCUGCAAAACAACCAUCUCUCUGACCUGUCGGUUUCCUCACGAAUACGCUGAAGCAGACAGAAACUUUACAGAGAUAAAAACUUGGGGGGGAAAAAUGCAUAACCUGGAACUCAUCAUGAACUUUUGACCGUGCCUUGCUUGCUCUUCCCUCAGCUAGAAAUUAGACCUGCCCAAGCAGUUGAAACUUCCUUCACCAGAGCUCAGAGACGCUGCCGAGUUCUGCUGUUGAGGGCAAAAAGCUGUGUCACAAUGCUACAGAAAAUACCAUUGUGGAAUAAUUACUAAAUUGGCCAAGAAUACAAAAAUACAGCAUUGUUCACACAUGAAGGAAAGUCAUAAAAUCAAGAGGCUUCUGAGGUAGAAUACAGCCGCAGCUAGCACGCGACGAAUGCCACAUCUGUGAUUCCCUGCACAAGGUUGUUCGUGAAACUACACAAGGGAUGGAAGGGAACGCGCUUGUUCCGUGGCCUUCCCUUGUGACGAAUAGCAGAUAUGGGGACAAGACGGUACUACGGAACUGAUAAGCGGCCUACACGCUACCCGAGCCAACAUUUCGUCAAAUGUUGAUGAAAUGCUGUCCUUUGUGCGAACUUUGCUCACCACAAUGUACCAAAACACACCUCCAUCCCGGAGGCUAUCCGCCCCCGAGGUGUGAACGCUCCUCCUUGAAUACAUUAAUCAUAAUAAAAGUACGUAUGACUAAAGUCACUCAAACUCCACUUUGAAGAUAAAAAAAUAAUAUAAAAAUAGCCCAAGAGAGAGGGGAUGUCAGGGAAGACACCAUCGCGAAGAAUUCCACCGCUGAUUUCCGGGAUCAGUCGACGGGCUGAGCCUUUCUUCCCCCCCAUAGGGACGCCUUUGGGUAAGACUUCGAUUACACCGAGCGCUUUCUCGGGGACUUAGAAAUUUCUCUAGAGAAUCUCUACCCUACAUUUAUAGCCAGGCUGUAUCGUUUAUAAUUUGUCGCGCGUUUGUAUACUUAGCAAUAUCUUUAUUUGCACGUGCUUUGCAGACAGUGUAUUUAUCACCGGCAAUCCUAAAGAACCUGUAUAUCUGUUGUUUAAAUAAACUGCACUGUUUCAGUAGCUGGUCGUUCCGCUUUCUCACUGAACGCGACCAAAACUUGAGAGAGGCCGUGCUAGUUCAGGAGCACGACUAGACUGAAGGUGCAGCCCACUACUAGUGUAUCCAAAUCGUAGUAGUUUAAUACAUAUUAAACGCCAUUGGACUGAUAGUGCCGAAUUGGGCAUCACUCAGAAUUUAAACCCAGCCGCACCUGGCCUCCCGCCUCGGUGAGGAGUGUUAGAACGCAAGGGGGUUUAUCUUCUGCCAAAACCGCUUGGCCCCGUUUCACGCAACAACCAUUCCUCU